AUGCAUUUUAAGCAGUUCACGCAGUUCUACCGAUAGCGUGGAGAGGACCAAGCUGGGCCAAGUUCGUCAUGCAAGGAGCGCAAGGAAGCCGAUGAACUUCCAAGUCAAAACUCCGCGCAACUGCAACAUCUGCAUCGUCAGCGACAUUUCAAAAUGGCGCUGCGCAGUAGUUUUUGUUGUCGUGUCCGGGGUUUCCGGCCUUUCCGGCUGUGAAAAGGUUUUUCUUUUUUAUCGCAUCCUUUUUCAACGAAAAGCUCCUACCAUUCCACUUAAUCUAGUCCACGCAAUCAACUCGACAUGCUGCCGCGCGUGGCACCAGUUCUUCUUUCCCUGAAGCCCCACCAUAGCGGCGGCGACUACCGACUCAGUCCCCGGGUGCCCCGGGUUUGCCAGCCCUCUGAGUGCUGACAAGUCGUCCAGCAUGUGGCGAUUCGCGUCGCUCGUCCUGUGCUGCUUCGCGGUCACGUCCGGCGCCUUCGCUCCCGACUACGCCGCCUACCACAACCUGUCAAGCGCGUACCGGCGCGUCGGCGCGCUGGCCGACGCCUUUCCCGGUUUCGUACGCGUGGACCAUUCGUUCAAGUCGAGGAACGGACUUUCUCAGCUGCUGGUGCGGCUGUCCAACUUCUCUGACAGCAGCCACGCCGCAGGGCCACACGUCCAGUCGUUCAAGGUAAAAGCGUUGCUAUCUUAUGGAGAGAGCGCUCGUGAGCUUCUACCCGUGGAGAGCAUCCUCCACUUCCUGCGACGCGUCUUGCGAGGUCUGGGGGCCCCGAAAGACAGCGCCGAAGAGGCGUUCAGCCGGGUGCUUUUCUCCAAGGUCGACCUCUACAUAGUCGUCCUGCUGAACCCAGACGGGCGGAACCAUGUUGAGCGCACCGGCGACCACUGUUGGAAAGGCACCGGCACGGGGGCCAACCUCGGCACGGCGUUUGGACUGGACGUCGAACAUUCUCUCAGAGAGCCAGAGUGUAACAUUCUGCUCAACCUGACAAAAACCCAAGCAUUCGACGCCUUCAUAUCUUUUCACUCGGGGCGUCGGGAAAUCCAUCUACCCCUAACAGGCUUUCGGUCCAAGAAGGCGGGGUCAAGCCCGGCCAACAUGGAGGCUAUGGCCGUGCUUGCCGGGGCCAUGGCGGAGUCAGUGCAGCCCCAUCUGGCACGGGAUGAACGAACCAAUCGCGCGGCUAGAUUUUCCGUCGAGGGAACCGCCUUCAACUUCAUGGCCGCCGUCAGAAAGAUUCCGUUCUCUCUCGCCGUUCAUCUCUGGGGAGAUGGCCGUGACCUUGGACCAGACUGCUUCGCUCACUUCAACCCGUCUAGCGGCUCGCUGCAGAAAACGCUGGAGGGCCUUCAUCCCUUGUACCAAAAGAUGUUCCUUCUCUUGAUUGCUUGGAAGGCAAAGCAGAUGUCGCUAGCAUUCAACAGUGAGCACGACAGUCCCUCGUCGACGAUGUACCUGCUGAUGCUGGCAGCCGCCGUAGUUGUGACGCUGCUCUUCGUCUGUCAGCACCGGUUCCCGAACCCGAUGCGCCUCAAUCCCCGCAGGCGCGUCAUCAGCCUCAAGAGCCCGAGUUCCAGCCUCCACGUCAGCUGACAGCAACCCCCUACGACCGACCGGCACGGAACAGCACUCACUCUUGUCAGACGAUGGUGCUGAUCUUGUUCGAGGACAACAGAAGUGCCACCAUGUUUUGCCUUUAUACGUCGAGCAGUGGCCGCAAACUCUGGUGAAACGAGCGUUGGCAUAUUUUAAAGGGUGUCAACUGAGAACAGCGAUCAGCGUUUUUUAGCGGCACAAAAUUGAACUAUGCAUCGCCGAAAGUUCUUACUUUCUGGCUGGGUGUAGUGCCGUUGCUUGGGAUAGGACGAAAGACUUUCAGAGCUUGGCUGUUGUCUGAUUCAAGAAUUAGAAGCUUUUCCAAAAAUUUUCAGUGAGAAAACGCUGGCUAGCGGAGGCUCGCAAUGUCUUCGACUAAAUACUAAAACCGUUUACUUGCGAAAGAUUUCUGAAAAUUGUUUCCAACUUUUGAAUUAAGCAGCAUUCUGAGUCCUUGAACUUUGUCGUCCUUUCCCAACCUCCUGCGCUACAUUUGUGCAGGGUGUGGGCUCUCAAUGAUGCAUAGUUUAGUUUUGCACCGCAAAAAACACUGUUUGCUUUUUUAUUUCCGACAUCCUGCACUUUAGGAAAAGAAAGGACAAGCCCUGCGCAUCUGCUUUCCGACACUGCAUGUGAAUGACUAAUUGUUGUGACUCGCUGGAGGUGACUGGCUAUGUGUCUAUCCAAGAACAGGUGCUGCAUUUGCAGACGUGUUGAUCAUCCUCUCAUUUCUCUCUGUGGCGUGUCGCUAUCGUUGCAAUUUGGAGCAUGGGAUGACUCCAUUGUUAUGUCUGCCACCUGAUUUGCUUGUCACCUUCUGUAACUCGUAAUGAUUGGACUCUUCACAUGCACUAUUGGAGAGUAGAUGCAUAGACUUCCUCUAUGAAAGGCUUGGAAGUGUUGAAGAGGAGCUAUUUUAUUACCUAUCUUUGUCGUCUCCUGUAUACAGUAUAUAUCAGCUCAGCAUUGCAAGGUGUCCUUCGGUUUUAUUCCAGCCUUUCUCUCCUCACUCUUCGGCCUUAGAAUCGGUGCCUUUUAUCUCGUAACUCCAUGAUUCCCUGGCAUGCCGAUUCAUCGUGUUCACCAGCUUGCACGCUCUCUAGUGCAAAACUCAGACUCCCAUUUUUGCUCGAGUGUAAAGAUCAAUUUUUCCAAGGGGACGUCUUGGGUUGUAUGGGCUCAUGUGACAAGCUGUAAUUCGGCAGAGGCUGAAAUUAAGCCACCAUGCUCAUGCAGCCUAGGAUAGAAACUGAAAAAUGUCUGUCUUCGAGAUCUUUGUCUAACUUGGGUUCUCUCACGAAUCUCCCAGGAACGAAUCAAAACAUGUUAAGAAAGCACCUUGAUGAUGCGUAAAGUGACGCUGUAGAGCAGCCUUGCGAUCAGAGGAGUUUGAGAGGUGGUAGCACAAAUCAUGCAUGACUUUAUGGUGAUUGUGUGUUGGUUCUAGUCAUGGUGACUGCUCUCAAGACUGAUUUUGAUGAAAUAAAAAUAUACUGUACAUUGAAAACAAC